AUGUGGAGGAAGCAACAUCGUCUUGCUUUUGGCCUUGCGAUUCCUGUGGAAAACUACAGAAGCUACGACGAUAUCGACCACAAAUUUUUUACUUCUUGUCAAUUUGUCAGGGUGAAUCAAGAGAAUUGCUUUCAUCCCGACCACGAAAGCUCCUCGCAAUUGCAGUAUUUCAAAAAUGAAUCAUGGCAGACGACCUCGCUUGGAGAACUUCUUCAGCAAAUGCUGCAGUGCUAUGAUUCACGAGUUCGGGUUGAACACGGCGGAAGUAAUCCCACCACGGUGGUCGUUAGUUUAUAUAUUUUGUCCAUCGGGAAUUUCCAAGUUCGCGACAUGGAUUUUCAGUUGUCCUUUUACUUCAGACAACAAUGGCAAGAUUCUCGUUUGGCUUAUGGGAAUCAUUUUCACGAAGAAAAAAUCACUUUGGGUGGAGGAAUCCUUGAACAGUUGUGGCUUCCACAGACGUAUUUUGUCAACAAGAAAGGAUCCAGCACCAGUGUGGAUGCAAAUUUUUUUGUGCGAAUUUUUCCCGAUGGAUCAUUGCUUGUAAUCACCAAAAAUACACUUACGAUGGAUUGCUACAUGGAUUUAAGAAACUUUCCAUUUGAUGUUCAGAAGUGCAACUUGACAAUAGAGAGCUUUGGUUUCACCACCAAAGAUGUAGUGUAUAAGUGGAUUUCAAGUAAGAGUACUGAAGCGGUGGAACAGGAUCCUGGACUCACUACAUCAGAGUUUGACAUUGGUCCGAUUAGAAUAUUUGAAUCUGCUACAUUGUAUAAAACAGGUUUGUUUUCAAGCUUGAAAAUGGAACUGAACUUCCAAAGAAGAUCUGUUUAUUACCUGAUACAAAUUUACAUUCCCAGUGGCAUGAUAGUAGUGUUGUCCUGGGUGAGUGUUUUUUUCAGUAUAGUUCCAAUGAAAGUUUAAAGAGAUAUUAAAAGUACUGUAACUAGUAACUUAUUUAUAUAUAGUGUUUCCAUAUGGCGUCACCACAGCCACGUUGGUGUCCCAAACCAAUGA